AUGUUGAUCCCAGCCAUCCGCAAGGACAGCACGACUGGCUACAAGAACGUGACCUUCAACCGCAGCAAAAACAAGUUCCAGGCGGAGGUCCAGGAUGGCGGCAAGCGUAUCUUCCUCGGCUGCUUCGACACCGCCCAGGGGGCGGCCACCGCCUACGCUCGCUCAGAGUACGGCCGCGCCGACGCCGCAAAGCUGCUGCAGCCUCGCCCAGCUCUCACUGCCGCUGGCGCCGAGGCGAUACAGCUGGCGGAGAGGGAGGGUCUCACCCUAGCCAUCAGCAGCAGCAACAACACCGGCUACAAAGGCGUCUGCUACAACCCGAAUCAGACAGGCAGCAAGAAGUACCAGCUGAGGGUGGGGGCUGGCAGCAGGAAG